GCUGUAGUGGGCUUAUUAACGUAAUCUACCUUCUGCUUCCUUCACUAAUAAGAUUUAACAUUCAGUGGCAUUUAGGAGGAAACACACACACACACACACACACACUUACACACUUACCAUCUUUUUCUAUUUUCUUUCAUAGGCGCUACAUUUGGAUCAUACAACAGCAACAACAACAUAGCACCUCAAGUCGUGAGGUUUCAACGCACAUGGAUUCCUUCUUUCGGUAAUAACAUUGCGGCUUUUGCUGCUACUAUUCACUCGUCGUCCCACUAACAAUUUGCGCAACUUGCAACCCGCAAUCCAAUCCGACUAUUUCAAUAUCGUUACUAUCGCAUUCCAUAUACAUUCACAGUAACUUCCUCGGAACACCGGCACUAUGCUUGUACGCCCGGCACCUCUUCCGGGUUUGUCGCCGUCGGCUGUUUGGACGCCCCUCCGACUUCGAAGUCAUCAUUCAACACGAACCGCAAGACAGUAUUCCGUACACACAACCCGAUUACGAUAUCGACCACUCUACGAAACCCCCAAAUCUGCUCGUAUCCUACGUACAUACACAUCAGAUGCUUCAAAGACUUCGGCCUACGAAGGAGCUAGAACUGCUCGGAAACUCGAAUUGGAAACCGACUCUGCCACGAAGGCCGCCAGUUCUCCAGAUGAGCCCCUCUCACAAAAGUACAUUCCUACGACCGCCUCCUCGUCCUCCAAGGACCUGUCCGACUCGGACUUUGAUUGGGAAGACAAGCCCAAUUUUCACAUAGAAAAGUUCACGGAACUUCCUUACGCAAACUUCGGCGUAAAUCAACAUAUGAUUAUCAACCAAGAGUUCAAAGAAGUCCUACGUCAGCUAUUGUGGAGGUUCCGGGCUCCCAUUCGAUAUGCCUUUGCGUAUGGCUCCGGUGUCUUCCCGCAGUCAACAGGUGGUACGGCAACUGAGGCUGAAAUCAAGGCCGUUCACCCCAAGGCACCCCUUGCCGUUCAGAGAGCGCAGGAUGGUUCUCCAAAGAUGAUUGAUUUCAUCUUUGGUGUCUCGCAUACGCAACAUUGGCAUUCCUUAAAUCUUAUGCAACACCGUGAUCAUUACUCAAUGCUUGGAUCAUUAGGAUCAGGUGCCGUAUCGUAUGUACAGGAUAAAUGGGGUGCCGGUGUUUAUUUCAAUCCCGGUGUGGUCGUUGACGGCAUAUUAAUAAAGUACGGGGUGGUCAACAUCGAUACUUUGUGUAGAGACCUGAGCGAGUGGGACACUUUAUAUCUUGCUGGUCGUCUGCACAAGCCGGUAAAGAUUCUUAGAGAUGAUCCUAGGGUUCGGCUUGCGAACCAGAUUAAUCUGUUAUCAGCAUUACGAACAGCUCUCCUUCUGUUGCCCCCAACCUUUACCGAACAAGAAUUAUACGCGACAAUCGCUGGCAUCAGUUAUCUCGGGGACCCGCGAAUGGUUUUACCCACCGAGAAUCCCAAAAAGGUUUCGAACAUCGUCACUCACAACAUGAUGAACUUCCGACGACUCUAUGCGCCACUCGUUGAAUCUCUUCCCAAUGUCGAAUUCGAUGACCCUGCUUGCAGCAAACCUGACUGGAUCGACAAUACAGAUUCCGUAUUAAAGCUACACCAGGAUAUGGACCCUAUAAAGAGAGGUAACAUGGUGCGCCGGUUACCAAAAGCAUUCCGUUCCAAGCUGUACUUUGAAUACCAGAAGAAGUUCGAAAUACCCCAGCUCGAGUUUAAUAAAAUGAUGGAAGAGAAGAAGGAUGAGGAUGCUGUCUCUUUCAAGAGACAACAAGGCACUGCCUUUGAACAGCGGAUCGCGCAAGAUGAUCCCGAGGCCCUUCGGAAAACUAUUCGCACCGUUAUCAAGAGGACCAUCAGCUGGCCAAGCACUACUCAAAGUAUCAAGGGUAUCCUUACGGCCGGUCUUCGUCGAAGCUUCCAUUACUUGGGAGAAAAAAUGGCAAAGUAUCGCGAGGCGAAUAAGCCCAAAAAGGAUGAUGAGAAGACUUCUUAAAAAUUCUCAGACUUUAGAGGUCUGCUCCUAUUUAUGGAUCUAGCCAGCGCGUCCUUUAGAGUAACAUAGGGUAAAGAAAGCUAGGGCAAUUUCUGAAGGCC